CUAGCCUUGGGAUAUUUUGACAUUUUGUUGCGCUGGUCACACUGCAAGAAAAAACAAUAAGAGAACAAGUAGGCCAGGCGGCAUUUUUUAUUAAGUAAAUUUUUAAUUCCAUUAAAAAGAAUAUAAUAACGUGACUGAUGAAUAUGGCUGAUGGUGAUAAUGCUGCACAGAAUAGUCCGGAUCCCAAGCCGUCCGCGGGCAUACAAAUCAUACCUGGUGAAAUGGUGGCCUCUAUUGAGGAAAUAGUCACAAUAGAUCCCAACUGCUAUGAGCUGGAUCUGAAUCAUCGUCGCAUAGACAAGCUGGAAAAUUUUGAGCCACUCAAACAAAUAGAACGCUUGUAUUUGCGCUGGAAUCUCAUCAAGAAGAUUGAGAACCUGGAGAUGCUUAAAACGCUGGUGGAGCUGGAACUCUACGACAAUCAAAUUACAAAAAUCGAGAAUUUGCAUGAAUUAACCAAUUUGGAAAUACUCGAUCUGAGCUUCAAUCGGUUAACCAAAAUCGAAAAUCUAGAUAAACUGCAAAAACUGGAGAAGGUCUAUUUUGUUUCCAACAAAAUAACAGUAAUUGAGAACGUAGGCAUGCUGACCAGCCUGACCAUGCUGGAACUGGGCGACAACAAGCUAAAGAAAAUUGAGCAUUUGGAAACGUUGGUUAAUCUGCGAGAGCUGUUCUUGGGCAAAAACAAAAUAGCCAAAAUAGAGAACCUCGACACGCUAGUCAACUUGGAGAUCUUAAGUCUGCAGGCGAAUCGUAUUGUUAAGAUUGAGAAUCUAGAUAAGUUGGUUAAUCUAAGAGAGCUAUACAUAUCAGAGAAUGGCAUCGAAAACAUAGAAAACCUGUCGGAGAACAAAAGCCUGGACACACUCGAUUUGGCCAAGAACAGACUUAAGGCGAUUGGCAAUCUGGAGACGCUCGAGCAACUGGAGGAAAUUUGGUUGAAUGACAAUGCCAUAGACAACUGGAAAAACUUAGAGGUGCUGAAGCUUAACAAGGCGCUGCAGACGAUCUACUUGGAGCACAAUCCCGUUGCCACAGAUGUGCGCUAUCGCUCCAAGCUGCGCGACAUCUUGCCACAAUUGAAAAAGAUUGAUGCCACCUUAUGUGUGAUGCCGGGUGCUGAGGCAUAAACAGUUGAGCAGUGCCAACAAUGAAAACAAAGUCAGUUAAUAUUCAUAUAAUUAACAGUAAAUUAGACUAAAAGUUCGAAAAAAAAUAUACAUAUUUAUCUGAAACUAAC